GCACGCCUCCUGCUGCACGCUCGAUGAGGUACUCUUAGCCUAGUUUAACACCAAACGUACUGAGUCCUCUAACCCGACUACUGCAAGUCUAUCUCGCGGUUCUACUUGCUGGUACCUGCUGCAGGUCGCGUUGCCUGUUCUUGCUCCUGCUAGCUCUUAUACUUGUCUAAGAACAAUCUUCAGUGUCGCGCGCGUUCUCCCAGCUCUCGUGCGCUACCACUCGUGUCUUGUACCCGCGACUUGCUGAUGUCAAAUCCGCGAGUUCAGAUCCACGAGUUCCACUAUAAUAAAUAAAAAUCUAAAUAAAAAUAAGAGUUCCUGGCAAGUGGUUGAAGAGCUCGAACACGCUUCGCGAACUGUGACUGUGACUGUGCGCUUGACCGCGGUGGUCAACUGGCAAACAAUCUUUUAUCUGCUCGUGCGCAUCCAUCGGCUUACAGAUUACGCGAAUCCGUCGGACCGAUUUAUUUAAUGUGACAGGUGACAGUUGUCAUCAUUUUGUUCUUUUGUGGAUUUAAUUUUGUGGUAAAUUUAUUUUGACUUAAGUGUCUGAGUAUUAUGUUCCCUGUGGUAUUUUGUGACGUUUUGGUUUUUUUUUUAAUUAAUUAAAAAUUUUUUUUAAAUCAUGUGCUAAGUGCGGGAUUUAUUGGAUCUGUGCACUAGACGGUUGUACUGUUGAUAGAGACUUCAAUGCUUUAGUACCUUCUUAAUUCGUUUAUAUAUUUAGGAAAUUUAUCACUAUAAAUUAAAAUUUUUCGGUUCAUUUUGAACAAGAGAGGAUCAAAAUCACAAUCAGGCCAUCGCUGGAGGCCUGGGAACUACUUUUAGACCCAGAAACCACAAGUUUGGGAGGCUAUGAUCAGCAUGGAGUUACCGCCGCAUUCGACGCAGCACGGCGGACUUCAUCUAGGAGUCGGCGUGCCCGUCAAUCCAGGUGACAGUGCACUGGCUGCUAUGCACUCACACCAUCAAGAAUCUAUGGGGCUUCAGCAUCACGGCCAUGGGAACAACACUGGAGGUAUGAAUGAGGAGACUAAGAAAAAACAUGAUGGCCAUGGUAUGAACCAAGACGGUCACGGAGGUGUAAAUCAAUUGGGCGGUGUCUUUGUUAAUGGAAGACCUUUACCGGAUGUAGUGAGGCAAAGGAUUGUGGAACUUGCACACAGUGGUGUUAGACCGUGUGACAUUUCCAGACAACUCAGGGUAUCUCAUGGCUGUGUAUCCAAGAUACUGUCAAGGUAUUACGAAACGGGCAGCUUCAAGGCAGGUGUGAUAGGCGGCUCGAAACCAAAAGUCGCGACUCCACCGGUCGUUGACGCUAUUGCUAAUUAUAAGAGAGACAACCCUACGAUGUUCGCUUGGGAGAUCAGGGAUAGAUUGCUCGCAGAAGGCAUUUGCUCGCAAGACAAUGUGCCUUCUGUGUCUUCGAUAAAUCGAAUUGUGAGGAAUAAAGCUGCUGAGAAAGCUAAACAUGCGCAUCAACAGCAACAGGCACAACAACAAGGUCAACCGGGUUCAGGAGGUUCGGUAUCGGUAAUAGCACACGCUCCAGCAACUGCUGGUGGUCAUCCCGCAGCAACAGCUCCCAAUGCUUACAGUAUCAGCGGUAUACUUGGUAUUCCUGCACAUCAUCAGGAUCCUAAUGGCAAUAGUAUCAAAAGAAAACGUACUGAUGAUGAUGACAAUCGCGAUCACUUGAGUGAUCAUGCUGAAGAUGAUCUGAAGAGACAGAGGAAUAAUUACAAUGGAGAUCAAUUGUAUUCAAAUCUAUGGUCGAGUAAAUGGAACAUAAAGGACGAGCAGAACAAGCUACUGAACGAGCUCGGAGGUGCUGGUGGUACCGGAAACAGCGGGACGACGGGCAACGGGGCUAGUGGGGGAGCAAACGGUGGUGGCGGUGGCGCUGGCAAUAAUACCUCUGGUUACUAUGAGCACAGUGGAUUCCCCGGGAACGCUAUUGCCACCUCGGCAGAGCUGUACGACUCUUUAGGUAGCAUCAGUACCAUGACGCAAGCGCAAACACCCCACCUUUAUACCCCGCCCAUUGGGGGUACCAUAGGUGGUACAUUAACACCAUUGGCACCGCUCACAAUGCAAGAAUUAAAAUUAAGCCAAACAUUGGACGGCACCAAUAUGUCACCUUACCACACAACCGAAAGCAGUGCCGUUGCGGUAUCGUACGUGAAUGUAAGCGGUGGAGCCGGUGGUGAACACAGUCCACCAGUAUCUCUGCAAAACGACGGUAAUGUUACUCCGACAACUCCUAAUACCAAUGGAGGCGAUCCCGGAUUGACUGUCUUGCAAUCGCCUGUUUCGCAAGCCCAAGUUGCAUCCUCGAUACCUCCUUAUUCUACUAUGCUACCUAGUUUUGGACACUAUGCUACAGGUGGUGGAGAUUACGCAUAUAGUGCAGCAUAUUCACAAUACUCAAGUGCACCGUACACUGGUUAUGGUUAUGGAGCAGCUACAAGCGGGUUGCUCAAUUCAACAUACUACUACUGCAACGGGGAUACGCUGGCGUCAUCCCACAACAAUUCGCACCACCAGGGUUGCAACGGUAUCACAGACACCAACAGCGCGGACGUAGCGAGUCGCUCGCCUUUGGCAGCAACCAGAGCGAGUAGCGGCGCGAGCGCUGCAUCACCAACUGGCAGUGCCUGCACCAACAAACCGGAUCACGCUUCUACCCCUACGGAUUUGUACCUGGCUUGAUUCACUUAAUAACCAAGUGUUCGUUCUCCAUAUAAAAUUUUAUCAAAACAAUGAACUCUACUUAAAAAAAUUUUGAAGAACGGGCGCCAUAUCAUUUAACCAAUUGAAAUUAAUGACUGAUCUCUUGGGACACGAAUUUAAAACAAAUACUUAACAAUAAUAAUUAUAAAACAUAAUUUUUAGAAACGUGUCUCAAUAAAUACAGACGUCAUCGGAAAUCUAUAGAAACCACUAGGUAGUUUAAUUUAUAAUUUAAUUAUAAUUUUAAUUAAUUAUUUAUAUUAUUUUACCCAAGUAUUUAAAUUUUUAGUUGUCAUCUUAAGUAGUCAAAAAAAUACUACAGACUACAGAAAACAGACUACGGUAGUUGGAAUUCAUUUAAAUUAAAAUGCGUUUAGUAAAAGAUGUAAAGUCGUAACUGACUGUUUUAAUUUUUUUAAAUUUUAUUUAAUACUAGACAUAAAUUAUGAGAUUAAUGAAAAAAAAAAAUCAUUUAUCAACGUACUUAAGAAUAUUGGUAUAUAUAUUUAAAUAUAUGUAUAAAUAUUUUGUAGAAAACCAAAGACCAUGCAGUUUAAAGAUGAUUUUUUUCCGCGAUUCACGCGGCUUUUAAUUGACUUGAUAGUUUAUAGGUUUAAAUUAUUAAGUAUAAAUUGUAAAUACUGAAUUUUAAUGAUGAUUGUAACUGUAAUUUUAAUUGUAAUGAUAACAUUAAUUAAUCAUAUGUAAGUUAUAAAAAAAAGACAUGAAUUAACAGUGAGAUAGUGCGACUAUUAAAUGAAAUUAUUUAAGAUAAAAUAGUGUAUGGAGUCUAUAUAUGAGUAAUUUAAUUAUUUAAAUAAAGAAAAUGUAGGGUAAGAUGAAAUGCGGUCUUGCGGUAGUGUACAAAGUUAAGUUAGCUAACAGAUAAAUUAAAAUUUAAUGGGGAAACGAUAAGAUUUUAAAGUAUGUCUAUCGAAUAUUGUUUGAUCGUGACAUAAAAUCUGUUUUCGCAAAAUAGUAUCAAUUAUUUUAUGACUUUUUUGAGUUCAAAAGUCUUAUAUGAUGAUCAUAUAAGUCGAAUUUAUUUUUAAAAAUAUUUUGACUGAUUAACGAUCAUAUUCUAACCAUAUCUGAUAGAUAUGUGAUGGAAAAUUUCAUUAAAUUCAAUGUAUUGUUCAUAUAUGAUGCAUAUGUGAUGCGCAUUUAUGUCGCAAAGUAAUUUGAUUGGUUUUAAAUCGUAUUGAAACAAUAUCUGAUACUAUAUGAUGAAUUAAGGCAUAAAAUAUGACAACUGGAUUUUAUUAAUGCAUAUCUGAUUCUCAUUUACUUUAUAAAUAAUAUGAACUAAUUAAAAAUUACAUUUAAACAUUAUCUGAUGACACCGGCCCACAAAAAAAAAAGGUGGUCUGUACUUUUGACCGGACCUACCUAUCUUUAUGUAUUUUGACGCGCGGAAUCCGAAUUUGGUCAAUUUUGCUCGUACACCCUCAAAAUUUUGAGAAAAUUGCAAAAAACCAUAAAAAUCGCCAAAAAUUAGCAGUUCUGGUAAGAAAAAAAAUUAUGGAUCUAUAGACCAAGUAUGAUACAUAUGUAAUAUUUGUAUGUAAAUAACAUAAUACAUAUUUUGUUUUGAUUUAAAAAAUAAUUUUCAUCACAACACAUCAAUUUUUGGAAAUUUUCAGAUAUUUUUUGCUAUUUACUUAGAUUUUUAAAGAUAUAUAAGCCAAAUAGGAUCAAGAUUUAGAUUCAACGGAUCAAACUACAUAAAAAUCAUGGUUGAUCUAUUAAUCUAGCUCUAUAGAAUUUAUUUUAUCACAAUAACUGCAAUUUUUUGCUAUUUUCCGCAAUUUUCAGGAUUUUUUUUUGCAAUUGACUCAAAUUUUAAAAAGCUUAUGGCUGAAUAAACAUCAGAUUUGGAUUUAGCGAAUCCAAAUACAUAAAAAUCAUACUUGGUCUAUAGUUCCAUAAAUUUUUUUCUUACCAAAACUGCUAAUUUUAUAUGAUAGUAUAAGGCAUGAAAUAUGACAAUUAGAUUUUAUUAAUGCAUAUACGACAUUCAUUUACUUCGAAACAGAAUAUGGAUUAAUAAAAAAAUGAUAUUUAAACUAUAUCUGAUUCGUAUGACUUCAAAUAAAAUAUUGUAAGUUUUGAUCAUAUAUGUCGGAUAUAUGAUACGACUACUCUAUGGUUAAAUAUUGUCUUAGACUCAUUAUAGACAUAAAUGUACAAUAUCUACUUCAUAUAUCAUAAUAUAUCAUUUUUUAAUCAUAUGUGAAUCAGAUACAAUCCAUAUAUGACGUUGAUGAGAAUUCUUUACAAAACAAAACUAUCAAUUAUGAUUUAUAUAAGUAACAUAUAUUUCUAAACUAUUUAUACCGCAAUAUCAUAUGAAUCAGAUACAGAUCACAUAUGAGCAGAUUGACAAAAAUUUUCUACGAAACAAAAUUUAAUCAAGUAUUAUUUAUAUAUGUUACAUAUAUUUCUCAAAUAUUUAUAUCGCAAAUUCAUAUGAAUCAGAUAUAUAUCAUAUACGGUUUAAAAUCAGCCAAAGCCGUCAUAAAUCAAUUAAAAACCAGAUAUUAUCCAUAUGAUCAUCACAUAAGACUUUUUCAAUGGAAAACAAUGAAUAUAUCAACACAUUUUUCGAUUAAAAAAUUAAUUUUGUAAAUUUAAUCAAAUUUUUUUAAAAAUUAGUCAUAGGCAAGACGCGUUAUAAAAAUUCCGCCCUUAAUUUUGAAUUUUUUUGUCCAUUGGUAAUUUUUAAAUUUAAUAUCAAUUAUAAAGAAAAGUAAUAAAUUUUCUCAACGACGCGCUAUCAUCUCUGGUGGAAAUUUUUCGGAAUUUUCUCUCAAAAACUCAGUUCUAAAGUUCUAAAGAUUUUUUUCAGUUUUUCAGAGAAAAAUUCGAAAAAUUUCCACCAGGAAUGCGUGUAAUUGAAAAGUAAAAAAAAAAAUCGUAGACUCUAAUAAAUUCUAAAUACUAUAAAAAAAUUGCACACAAUAUCGUAGUCUGACAUAAGCGGCGGUAAGAGCGUGAGAUAAUACAAACAAACAAAUAAAUAAUUAAAUGAAUGAAAGUAAUUAAUUAUUAAAUAAUUAUAUAUAUUCAUCGAGGCUGAAUUUUAAAAAUAUUAUAAAUGUUUUAUUUGUUGUAAGUAAACAAACACUAUUAUAAUUUAUAAUUAUUAUUAUUAUUGUAAUGACUAUUAUUAAAAAGAAUAAUUGUUUUGGUGAUGGACUGUCGUUAAAAAAAAAAGUCUACGUUAUAAAGCGAGAUACAAAUUAAUUAUACAUUAAUACAAUAAUAUUAAUAACAUAUAUUAUUAUUAUUAUUUUAAAUUACUAUUAUUUUUAUCUACACAUAAUUUUUUUAGCACCAAUUAGAUAAUUGCGUCCAAAGUUUUAAUUACGAUUAUCAAUAUUAUAUUAAUUUACAAUUUAUACUUGUACUUAAUAUUAUUUUCGCAUUUUUUUUAUAUUGUUAUUUUAUUAAUAAUUAUCACGAUUCAUAUUAUAUAUUAUUAUUAUUAUUUUUAAUUUUAUGAUUAUUAAUAUCAUAGGAAUUAUUUAAUAACUUUUAUUAUUUAUUAAUUGUAAACAAUAUGUGUAAUAAGUUUUGCCAAAGAAUUACAACAGCAACAAAAAAAAUAAAUAAUAAUAAAGCAAUACUUAAAGAUUUUUUCCGAAACGAAUAUUUAAAAAAAUAAAAAUAAAAAAACAAUUUUUGUAAGAUGAGUUUUCGAGAAUUCCUUAAGUUAAUUAAAUUGUUUUGUUUUAAUUGAUAUAAAAAAAAAUUGUAAAUUAAAAGAUUUUUUUUUAAUAAUUGUCCAUGUGAUAUUUUUGUUUUGUGGGCCGCUCUUGCCAAGUCUCGCUGUUGAUACUUGCUGACAAAAAUGAAUAAUUUAAUAAAUCUGUAAAUCCUUUUUGAAUAAAUAUGAGGUUUAU